UCCAUACACCUAAUUUCUUCUUUCCCAAAUUACUAGAUUAAAUUCCAUAUACUCAUUUUGUGGCCUAAAAAUAUAAAUAUUUAGUAUUGGAAAUUAAACCAAAUGAUCAUGGCACCAAAAAUAUGUUAGGACGAAAUUUCUUAAUGUAGUCCUAUCAAUCCUACAAACCAUUCUUCUUCUUUCUAAGAUUCUAGGUAGCAAAGUAAACGUAACUGAUGUUUGACCAAGGAAUAAAAGGGUCGUCUUAAUUCUUGAUAAUGUGAAUCAUCCAGACCAGUUAAACAACUUAGUUGGAGGUUUGGUUCGGGUAGCAGAGUUAAUCGAAUAUAGGAAUUUGCUUGUUGCAUGCUCAUCGGGUUAAUCGAAUAUACACGGUCAACAAACUAAAUCGAGAUGAAGCAAUGCAGCUCUUCUGUUGGAAUGCCUUCACAGGACGUUUGGAUGGUAUGUAUUUGCUGCUGGCACAAGUUGCGGUACAUCAUGCUCAAGGCAUUCCAUUAGCUUUGGUGGUUUUAGGUUCAUGUCUGUAUGGUGAAAGUUGGUAUGAUUGGACAGAUGUAUUAGAUGAUUUAAAAAGAGUAGUUGAUCGUAAACAAGUUACUCAAGAAAUUCUCAAAAUAUGUUAUAAUGCAUUAGAAGAUUUGGUGAAAGAAGUUUUCCUUCAAAUUGCAUGUUCUUUUGAUGGACAAAAACAGAUAAAUCUGAUGAAGGAACUAGCACAUUUUGUCCCUAAUCUUAUGCAUGGUAUCCAAGUUCUGACAGAGAAGGCCUUCAUAAAUAUUGGAGCAAGUCAUGUACCCAUCACGCAUGAAUUGCUAAAAGAAAUGGCUACAGAGUUAGUCAGACAAAAGUCUGCAAAUAAGCUUUGGGAUAGCAAAUUUUGGAUCCUCAGGGAUUUUUGCGUUUAUCUUCCGAAAUACUCUGCAAUACGUAUAGCUAAAGACAUCAUGAAGAAGUGGUCUAAACCACAUGAGAUACCAUUCAGUACUACUGAGUUGGCUGAAUUCUGGUCUAAAAUCAGUAUGCAUGGAAGUUAUGUCACGACGAGUGGAGGGAUUCAAGAUUUUCAGAAACCUGACUUCUAUAAAUUUUGAAGUGGUUCGACUGUCAAAUGGAUUUCAAGGGGUUUCGACUGUUUGGAUUCUCUAUUCAAAUUCUUCAAAAUUUCAAAUGGGAGAACAAAAUUGGCUCUUUGUGUUCCUGUCGAUUCUUCUACUGGUUGCUCUUUCCAGGUCUUUAUUCACUUAAAUGAAGUAGUUAUUUCACGUCUCUGCACACAGCUUGUUAGAAGUGUAGCUGCAAUACAUACCCUUCCCUCAAAUGUGGCGAUUUGGUUAUAUGCGCUGUUCCCACCUUUUACGUGUUGAGUCACUAUUUUUCAAUCUAGUUAAUCUGGUGCGCCCUUAAAAAGCUGUGGUGUCCACCUUGUAAUGCCACCCAUGAU